CUUUUUCUGAUUGCUGUUCGAUUUUAAGCCAUGUCGACUCUAUUGAACUCUGUCUUAUCCAUGGCGGCGAAUCCAUCGCCGGAAUCAUCGCCGAGAAAAUCCCUAGGCUUUGUUUCCCACAUCCCCACCGGUUUCCUUCAUUUCUCCUCCGUGAAUAAAGGUGUCGCUAGGGUUUUAGCUUCGACCCAGAUUACGUUAUCCCCUAAAGACUCCGCCUUUACCAUUACCGGAUCCAGUUGGAAACCCGAUUUGGGUUCCGGGUCGUUUUCUGAUGACCCGAGAAGCGACGAGCCGAGUUUGAGCGAUACUUUCUCUCAUCUUGAAUGUUUAGUCACGGAAGGGCAUAAACCCAAUGUAGCUCAUUCUACUCAGCUCUUGUACGAUCUCUGCAAAGCCAACAGAUUGAAGAAAGCUAUUCGUGUGAUUGAGCUUAUGGUUAGCUCCGGGAUUAUACCCGAUGCAUCUGCUUACACUUAUCUGGUUAAUCAGCUUUGCAAGAGAGGUAACGUUGGUUACGCUAUGCAGCUUGUUGAGAAAAUGGAAGAUCAUGGUUUUCCUUCUAAUACCGUUACUUACAAUGCCUUGGUUCGAGGUCUUUGUAUGCUUGGAAGCUUAAACCAGAGCUUACAGUUUGUUGAGAGGUUGAUGCAGAAAGGUUUAGCUCCUAAUGCUUUCACUUAUUCUUUCUUGCUUGAGGCUGCUUAUAAAGAACGAGGAACCGACGAGGCUGUGAAGCUCUUAGACGAGAUCAUUGCCAAAGGUGGUCAACCCAAUUUGGUUAGCUAUAAUGUGCUCUUGACUGGUUUCUGUAAAGAAGGGAGAACGGAUGAUGCGAUGAAGCUGUUUAGGGAGUUACCUGCAAAAGGGUUCAAGGCAAAUGUUGUGAGCUAUAACAUUUUGUUGAGGUGUUUGUGCUGUGAUGGGAGGUGGGACGAAGCGAAUUCUCUCUUGGCUGAGAUGGACGGUGGAGAUCGAGCUCCUUCAGUGGUUACCUAUAACAUAUUGAUCAAUUCGUUAGCUUUUCAUGGAAGAACAGAGCAGGCAAUGCAGGUUUUAAAGGAGAUGAGUAAAGGACACCAUCAGUUUAGAGUCACUGCCACGAGCUAUAAUCCGGUAAUCGCCCGUCUGUGCAAGGAAGGAAAAGUUGAUCUCGUAGUGAAAUGUCUAGACGAGAUGAUAUACCGGCGUUGUAAACCCAACGAAGGAACGUACAGCGCGAUAGGUGCAUUAUGCGAGCAUAAUGGCAAGGUGCAGGAAGCCUUCUACAUAAUACAGAGCUUAAGUAACAAGCAGAAAUGCUGUACGCACGACUUCUACAAAAGCGUAAUCACGAGUAUGUGCAGGAAAGGUAACACCUUUGCAGCGUUUCAGCUCUUGUACGAGAUGACUAGGUGCGGGUUUGAUCCUGAUGCCCACACCUACUCGGCUUUGAUCAGAGGGCUGUGUCUGGAAGGGAUGUUUAUAGGGGCUAUGGAGGUUUUGUCGAUAAUGGAGGAGAGCGAGUAUUAUAAACCUACAGUAGAUAACUUUAAUGCAAUGAUUCUAGGGUUGUGCAAGAUAAGGAGGACAGAUUUGGCAUUGGAGGUGUUUGAGAUGAUGGUUGGGAAGAAGAGAAUGCCGAAUGAGACAACAUAUGCGAUAAUCGUUGAAGGUAUAGCACAUGAGGAUGAAUUGGAGCUGGCUAAAGAAGUUCUGGAGGAGCUACGAUCGCGCCAGGUUAUAGGACAGAACGCGGUAGAUAGGAUUGUGAUGCAGUUCAAUUUAGAUUGAUGGGUAGGAGGCAAAGAAACGAACAUCAUGAGGCUUUUUUCUAUUAAACUUUUAGUAUACUGUUUUUUUCACUGUUUGUAUCAUUUUUAUGGACACGAUGAUUCAUGUAAUCUUCAGUUUUAGAACAAGUUCAGAGAUCAAUAAGAAUCAAGUAACGCCUAACUUAUUAAAAGAUCAGAUUGAAA